CCAACCAAAUCAAAACAAAACAAAUCAAAACAACAUAACACAACUGAUAGAAAUUGGACUUGAAAAUUGUUGAUUUGGGCAUUGAUUUCCUUAUAAUAUGAAACCCAGGAGACAAAAUAAUUGUUGUCGUACAGAGUUAAGACAGAUUUAUGAUAGAAAAUACAAGCCUGCUCUGCUUGAUCUGCCAAGGCCAACAUCUCAAUCAUUGAGUGAAUAUAAAAUAUAAACAAAUAAUUGAUUUAUGGCCGUUUGCACGGGUUCCCCUCAAAACUCACUCCUAUGUAAGUGUAACCUAAAUCUGAGGUGUACCCUAAUGAUUAUUUCCUAUCCCCUUGUCCAAAGUUUACCUAAGUGGUAGGCAAAAACUUCUUUAAAACGGCAACGUUUCAAAAUAUAGUACUAUCUAUAAUAUAGGAACAUAUUAUCAUGGUAUAGUAACUUUUUGUCAAAAUGUUUGGUCUAUGUAGUCAACCGACGUUUAUCAUUUUUGUGGCUUGAUCACGCUUGAUCUUCUUUGUGCAAUGUGCAUUGAAAAAAAUGAGUGAGGCCAAAAAAAGGGCGCCGAAUUUUUCGCCUAGAGAAAAAAACAUGUUACUAAACACUGUCUUCGCCUUUAAAGGGGUGAUUGAGAACAAGAAAACAGACUCUGUGACUUGGCGGCAGAAAGAUGAUGCAUGGGACCAAAUAGCAUCAUUAUUCAACUCUCAAACGCCAGAAAACCACCACAGAACGAAAGAUUCUUUGAGGAAAUUGUACGAGAAUAUUAAAAAAAAUGUGAGGAAAGAUGUGGCCUUUGAAAAAAGAGAGCAUAUCAAAACAGGAGGGGGUCCAGGUGAUGAACCCAUUUGGGAUGCUACUACAGAGCUAGCAUUGAGUAUUAUGAACCACAAAACUGUUAAUGGCCUACCAAAUCAAUAUGAUCUUGAUGCCCAGGACAAUGAAAUUCCAUGUCAGGCUAGGACAGCAAGCAGUAGUACUGCGACUGUAACAGAAAAUGAGGACAUUGACCAUUCUGUCAGUCCAGGUCUAGCACCAAUCAUUUUCGAUGUGUGUAAAGACAUUCCUUCUCCAGGACCUUCAACAUCAAAGCCUGCCAUAUCACCUAGAGCAUCAGGAUCCAGAAAGGAUGAUUUUGAGCCUCCUUGCCCUGAAACCAAAGCAAGUAUAAUUCCUCCAUUAACUCCAAGCAAUAAUAUUUUGAAUACUAAUUGGGGUGAUUUUUCUGCGAUAAAGUUACAGGCUCCAGUAGCAGCCCAAUUAAAGCAAGGUUGUACCAAAAGAAGGAGGCCCAAUAUGGGGCAGCUAUCUUCAAGCCAAUUAACUGAUGAAUACGUGAAGCUUGGUCAAAUAAAAAUGGAAUAUUUUGAAGCUGAGAAAAAAAAUGCUGCAAGGCAUAAUGAGAGACAAGAGGAACUUUUUCAACUGCAAAAAAGGAAACUAAAUCUUGAAAUUGCCAUAAAAGAAGAAGAACUAAAAAAAAUUAAAAACGGCAAUUAGUUUUUCAAUUAAGAUAUUUCACUAGACUAGUGUAAAAAUAACAAUUAAAUUGUAAAUUUUUUUUUUAUAGGAAUACAAUAUUAUGUAGUUUGUAUUACAUAAUAUAUUAUAGUUAGUUUUACAUUAGAUUGAUUAGCUAUAGGUGAGUAAAGUCCGUGGCAUAGGUAGUUCUUGAGCUACA